CAUUCCGUCCAGACCAAAUAUCCUCAACUCAUCAGUUGAGGAGUUUGCAUUUCUUGUCUCCGCAAGAAAAGUGCUUCUCCAACAACCCAAAAAAACCCCGUGGUCAAUCCCUUCCGCACAACCCAACCAAAAAAGGACAGAGCAAAAAAUCUCUGUGUUUCUCUUCUCUUCUCUUCUGUAUUAAUUAGCUUUAUUGCCUUGUACCUACAGUCCGAGAGGACCAUUUGGGGCAAAUUGAGAAGCUAGCGAACUGAUUUGGACAGCUUGUGGAUUUUCUGCAGUGUUCUAUAGAUAGUCCUAGUACUUAUUGUUAGAAGAAGAAGAAGAAGAUGUGGAGACUAAAGGUCGCAGAAGGUGAUAACAGCCCUUAUUUGUAUAGCACCAAUAACUUCGUUGGCCGGCAGAUAUGGGAAUUCGACCCGAACGGCGGAAGCCCUGAAGAAAGGGAAGAAGUUGAGAAUGCACGCGUUGAGUUUUGGAACAAUCGCUACCAAGUUAAGCCCAGCGCUGAUCUUCUCUGGCGCAUGCAGUUUUUACGAGAGAAGAAUUUUAAGCAGAGCAUACCACAAGUGAAAGUAGAAGAUGGCCAAGAAAUUACCCACGAGGUGGCCACUGUCGCUUUACGCAGGGCUGUUCACUUCUUCUCUGCCUUGCAGGCUAGUGAUGGCCAUUGGCCCGCGGAGAAUGCUGGCCCUUUGUUCUUUCUUCCACCUCUGGUCAUGUGCUUGUAUAUAACAGGCCAUCUUAACUCAAUUUUCCCAGCAGAGCACCAGAAAGAAAUUCUCCGGUACAUUUAUUGUCAUCAGAAUGAAGAUGGUGGCUGGGGAUUGCAUGUUGAGGGUCACAGCACAAUGUUCUGCACAGCUUUAAGUUACAUAUGCAUGCGGAUUCUUGGUGAAGGACCUGAUGGUGGUCUGAACAAUGCCUGUUCUAGAGCUAGGAAAUGGAUCCUUGACCAUGGUAGCGCCACAGCAAUGCCUUCUUGGGGAAAGACUUGGCUUUCGAUUCUUGGAUUAUUUGACUGGUCUGGGACCAACCCAAUGCCCCCUGAAUUUUGGAUUCUUCCAUCUUCUCUUCCUAUGCAUCCAGCAAAAAUGUGGUGUUACUGCCGAAUGGUUUACAUGCCAAUGUCAUAUUUAUAUGGAAAAAGAUUCGUAGGGCCAAUUACACCCCUAAUUUUACAGCUGAGAGAAGAGUUGUAUGCUGAACCAUAUGAUCAAAUUGAUUGGAGAAAAGUACGACAUGUUUGUGCAAAGGAGGACCUCUAUUACCCUCAUCCCCUGAUCCAAGAUUUGAUAUGGGACAGUCUCUACAUUUGUGCUGAGCCUCUUCUGACUCAUUGGCCUUUUAAUAAGCUGAGAGAGAGGGCUUUGCAGACUACCAUGAAACAUAUACAUUAUGAAGAUGAGAACAGUCGGUACAUCACAAUUGGAUGUGUUGAGAAGGUUUUAUGCAUGCUUGCAUGUUGGGUUGAGGACCCAAAUGGGGAUUACUUCAAAAAACAUCUUGCUAGGAUUCCUGACUACAUAUGGGUGGCUGAAGAUGGAAUGAAGAUGCAGAGUUUUGGCAGCCAAGAGUGGGAUACUGCCUUUGCCCUUCAAGCACUUCUUGCUAGUGAUCUAACUGAAGAAGUAGAAGAAACUCUUCGAAAAGGACAUGAUUUUGUCAAGAAGUCUCAGGUGACGGAUAAUCCUUCCGGUGACUUUAGAAGCAUGCACCGCCAUAUCUCUAAGGGAUCAUGGACCUUUUCAGACCAAGAUCACGGCUGGCAAGUUUCUGAUUGUACAGCUGAAGGAUUAAAGUGUUGUCUCCUGUUCUCUACAAUGCCUCCUGAAAUUGUUGGUGAAAAACUGGAGCCAGAAAGACUCUAUGAUGCGGUCAAUAUAUUGCUCUACUUACAGAGUAAAAAUGGUGGUUUAUCAGCAUGGGAGCCUGCAGGGGCGCAAAAAUGGCUAGAGCUGCUCAAUCCAACUGAAUUCUUCGCUGACAUUGUUGUUGAGCAUGAGUAUGUUGAGUGCACUUCAUCAGCAAUCCAUGCUCUUAUUCUGUUCAAAAAACUAUACCCUGGACAUCGCAAGAAAGAGAUAGAAAGUUUCAUUACCAAUGCUUCUAAAUAUCUUGAAGAUGUUCAGAUGCCUGAUGGUUCAUGGUAUGGAAAUUGGGGCGUGUGCUUCACAUACGGCACCUGGUUUGCUCUUGGAGGACUUGCAGCAGCAGGGAAGACAUAUGACAAUUGCCAAGCUGUUCGCAAAGCAGUUGAAUUUCUCCUGAAAUCUCAGAGGAAUGAUGGUGGCUGGGGAGAAAGCUAUCGGUCCUGCCCUGAAAAGAAAUACGUUCCUCUCGAGGGAGAACAAUCAAAUUUGGUGCACACAGCCUGGGCAAUGAUGGGGCUAAUUCAUUCUGGACAAGCGGAUAGAGACCCUAGGCCGCUCCACCGUGCAGCGAAGCUAUUGAUCAAUUCUCAGAUGGAAAAUGGAGAUUUCCCACAACAGGAAAUCACUGGAGUUUUCAUGAAGAACUGCAUGUUACACUAUGCAGCAUACAGGAAUAUAUAUCCAUUGUGGGCUUUAGCAGAAUACAGGAAAAGGGUUCAAUUGCCAACCAAUUGAGAUCUAUUCAAAUCAUAAUAUUGUACAUUGUUAUUCCUAUUCUGUAUUCGGGGCAAAGAUGUGUUCCCAGAAAAACCGGUUGCUGAAUAAAUUUGUUCAUAAGUUGGCUCUUGAUGUA